AUGGAUAGAAUAUUACGUCCAGAAGGAAAGGUUUUGAUCAGAGACUCUCCUGAGGUGCUAGACAAAGUAGCAAGAAUGGCCCAUGCUGUAAGAUGGUCUUCUUCCAUACAUGACAAAGAACCUGAAUCUCAUGGAAGAGAGAGGAUCCUUGUCGCACGCCAAAUCUCUCUGGAAAAUGCCAUCAAACUCACACUAAAACACGUAUUAGAAAAAGGAAAAAAAAAAGAAGAGGAAGAAGAUCUUCCCAGUCUUGUAGGUAACAGUCACUUUCCCUCCAGCCCCCAUCUGUCUGCCCUUAAGACACCAUCCUGA